UGUAGCGGAAGUUGUGUAUGUGUUUCCGAGUCUCAGCGAUGCUUUCCGACGGAACAUAGCUAGUUAGCAUAGAAUGUGUUUGUCGGUGUUAGCUGAGCGUAAAUAAGGAAUACGAAGUUUAAGUCUCCUUCGACUAUCUGAGGUAAAUGUCCAGAUUCCAGCAUCUGAUGAAGCAGCGGAGGGAAGCAGAAUGACAAAGCCCCGAAAAAAGCCGUGCCCCUCCUGUCGGGCCCCAAAUUCCCUCGGGAGGAUGACGUGUGUGGAGUGCGUCUGCCCACUACAAUUUAAUGAAGGCUUAAGAAAAAAACAAGCCAAGCUGAACCACUGUAGCUGGGCAUCCACUGUCAAGUCUCACAGGAACUCCAGCAGGAGCAUUAGGUCGGCCCAGCUAUCCGUUUUUAAACUCAGUGCCCUUGGCUGCUGCCCGAUUCUUUUCCUUGGGCGCCAGGGCCGCAACGGGGAGAUUUGCGGGGACAUAGUCCACCACAUCUCUCUGACUGAUGGGGUUGUCCAGGAGAUAGUGAAGGAAAUGAGGAGACUCUAUGAGCACCUCCUGAAAAGUUUACCUAUGGAUGUCCAGAAAGUGAUUGUUGGUGAAGAACAUCAUCAGGAGUGGAGCUCCAGUCUGGACCAGGAGGACACAAAGCCCCCCAACAUUAAAGAGGAACAGGAGGAACUCCGGAUCAAUCAGGAUGAAGAGCAGCUUCAAGGGCUGGAGGAGGCUGAUAUCACAAAGUUCUCAUUCACUCUGGUCCCUGUGAAGAGUGAAGAUGAUGAAGAGAAACCUCAGUUGUCACAGCUUCAUCAAAGACAAACUGUAGAGAUGAAAACAGAAGCUGAUGGAGAGGACAGUGGAGCACCAGAACCAGCCAUGAACUCGGAUCCAGGUUCUCAUUCAAAACCUGAUAAUAAGACUGGAGACUCUUCUGAACUUGAGACUGAUGACAGUGCUGAUUGGAAGGGGACCGGAGAACCUCAGUCCGGUUUAAACUCUCUGAAUGGUAACAAAGUCUGUGGCCGUGAUCUGAGAUGUAGUACUGGUGAGAGAAUGUGUGGGAACAGAGUUGGCUCCAGUGGACAUCUGAAUUCUCAUGCAGGAGAGAAACCAUUUAGCUGCUCCGUCUGUAAGAGAGGUUUUGUAAAAAGUGGACAUUUACAUAGACAUAUGAGAGUCCACACAGGAGAGAAACCAUUCAGCUGCUCAGUCUGUAAGAAAGCUUUUACAGGAAGUGGAAGUUUACAUAUACACAUGAGAAUCCACACAGGAGAGAAACCAUUCAGCUGCUCCGUCUGUAAGAAGUCUUUUAGAGCGAGUGGAAACUUACAGAGACACACCAGAAUCCACACAGGAGAGAAACCGUUCAGCUGUUCAGUCUGUAAACGAGCUUUUAUGGAGAGCGGUAAUCUCAAUAAACACAUGAGGAUCCACUCAGGAGAGAAACCAUUUAGCUGCUCAGUCUGUACGAAAGCUUUUAAAGAGAAAAGAAGUUUACAGAAACACACGAGAACCCACACAGGAGAGAGACCGUUCAGCCAUGUGGAUUGGAGAUCCAGUAUGGAAGAAGAGCAGAUAACCUCAGUCAGGUUGAAACCCUCUGAAAAUAAAUGAAUUAUUUAAAAGUGAUAUGAGAUGCAAUGCUCUGUGGGUCCUUUAACCCUUGUGUGGCAUUCGGGUC